CUUCAAGAAAGAGACUUAAAAAUACAAAAUAUGACACCUAAAUUAAACAAAAUAUCUAAAGGAGUGCAGACAACUCAGAUUGAGAUAGAUAUUGAUCAGACAGACUAUCCCAUGGAAGAUGAUGAUGAUGAUAAAACCGACUAUGAAGACCCUUCGUGGAACCCUGAUGAAACUAGUACAAGCACAGAAACUUUAAAUUUGAACGAGGAAGAUUCAGAGGAGCUAUAUAAACAACUGAAGGAUGAUGACAUUGAAGGAGAUAAAAAGUUGGACUUUAGAGGAAAAGACCUGAGGGAAGAACCAAAAGGAAUUGUGUUUUUAUCUCAGCUCAUGCUGUUAUUUCAGUUUUGUAAUAAGUGCUUUGCGCCUGGUCCUAAGUUGGCUGUAUCCCAUGUUGGUACCAUGUUAAACAUAAACAGCCAGUGCCAGAAAUGCAAGCAUACAUUCAAUUGGAAAAGUCAGCCAAUGCUAAUGAAGUUCCCCGCAGGAAAUCUCUUGCUCAGUUUUGCUAUGCUUUGUGCUGGAGCUUCUAUCAAGAAGGUGCUUUUGGUAUUCCAACACAUGAACAUCCUUGUUUACCAUGAAGCAACUUACUAUUACCAUCAAAGAAACAUGUUAAUUCCAUCGAUAGUUAAGUAUUGGAGAGAAUGGCAAAAGAAAAUACUGGAUUCACUACAAAACAAAGAAGUUGUAUUAGCAGGAGAUGGUCGCCAUGACAGCAUGGGGCAUUCAGCUAAGUUCGGGACCUACAGCAUCUACUGUUGUACUGUGGGGCUUAUCAUCCAUCUUGUUUUAGUACAGGCCAAUGAUGCAGGAAGCAGUUCUGCGAUGGAGUUUGUGGGGCAUCAGCGAGCCUUUGAAUUUCUGUUGACCACUGGAAUGGUAAUCACAACUUUCKUAUCAGAUCGCCAUGCAUCUAUAGCUAAGUGGAUGCGUGAGGUUUUACCGCAGCGAUGUAAAGAGCUUCAAAAACCCAUCAUAAAACACUUUUUUGAUCUCUGGCACAUUGGCAAAAAAAUACAGMAAACUCUUAUCAAAAUGAGUAAAGAAACAGGAUGUGAAAUCAUAGGAAGAUGGAGAAAGGCUUGCGUUCGCCAUUUUUAUUKGUCGGUUAUUUCUACCCAAGGUGUCCUGGGCGAUGUAAAAGUGGCCAAAUUUCACUCCUAUUUGUCUCAUGUAAUAAAUGUGCACAACAGACUGCCGAAUCAACUGUUUAACAAAUGUAAAYAUGAAGUCAUAACAAGGCCAAAACAGUGGAUGACGAAAGGAUCAGAAGCCUAUGGUAAGCUUUACGAUGCCCUCAACAAAGUUUCACUAGUCAAAGCUAUAAAGCAAGCAUCUUCUGUUGGACAAACCAGCUGUCUAGAAGGUUAUCACUCUGUAAUAAAUCAGUUUGCCCCGAAAAUGCUGUCCUUCUCAUACCUUGGUAUGCUUGCUAGGUAA